CUAGGAAGUAGGUGGGUGUUUAUGAAGGUUCAGGAGACACGGUGUGCGGCACCGUCCUGAUGCCGAGAGGGAAAUUCUUUAAUUAAUAGAAAUCUAAAUCGGUUACAGACGCUUCAUUUAUUACUGUCAGCGGAUUUUGCAUCCUGACAUUGUUAGCGGUGUAAUUUGUGUUUUCUGUUAGAUUUUAAUUAAUUUAUAGGACGAUGCAGUCGAUGUUUAUCACCGCGUUGAUCUUUUUCCUCACUCAGGAAACGGUUCAUGCUGUCACCUACAAGAAACCAGGAGACACAGUUGUCCUUAGUCCAGGCUCUGUGGGUGCUACCAUCACCAGUAUAACAUGGAAACAUAAUUCAAACCUGGCUGCAGAGUGGUACGGAGCAGGCGCCACUGACUUCUACCGAGACUUCAAAGGUCGCUGUACAUUGAAAACUGAAACUGGAGAGUUGACCAUCCCAAAGCUGACACUAAAGGACAGUGGCAGCUACACACCAGAGAUCAACAACAGAGUCUUGGCUACAACUGAAAUCAAGAUUAUCUCACCUGUUCCAAAACCAACUAUCUCCAUGAGCUGUGACGAUAAAAAGACCCACUGUGUUCUCACCUGUGAAGGCAACACUACAGGUGUUGAACAAGUCACCUACACCUGGAAGUCAGAUGGUGUGAUGAUGAAGAGUAAAUCCAAAGAGAUCAACAUAACAAAGGAGGAGACGUCAUCUUUCUUCAGGUGUACGAUGGAAAACCCAGUCAGUUCUCAAUUCAGCAACCAAGUCGUCAACCCAGUCCUCGUCUCCAACACAGAUAUUCCAAACAUGUACAAGAAAGUGGGAGACCGUCUUGACCUUAGUGUAUCCUCUAAAGGUGCUACUAUCACUAGUAUAGUCUGGAAACAUGGAUCCAACGUUGUUGUGGAGUGGAACGGAGGUGAACCUGUCGUCUACGGGGACUUCAAAGGUCGCUGCACGUUGGACACCAGAACUGGAGAGUUGACCAUCUCAGGGCUGAAACCAAAGGACAGCGGCAGCUACACAGCAGAGAUCAACGGUGACGCCAUCAAGACAACUAAAAUCAAGGUUAUCUAUGAAGUUCCUAAACCGACCAUCUCCAUGAGCUGUGACGAUGAAAAGACCCACUGUGUUCUCACCUGUGAAGGCGACACUACAGGUGUUGAACAAGUCACCUACACCUGGAAGUCAGGUGAUGUGGUGAAGAGUGAAACCAAGGAGUUUAAAAUAACAAAGAAGGAUACGGAGGCUUCAUUUGUCUGUACGGUGAAAAAUCCAGUCAGCUCUGAAAGCAGCGAAGCAGUCGACAACCCUUUAACCACCAACAAUGAGUUUGACAUCAUCAUCUACAAGACAGUGGGUGAUGAAGUCGUCCUCAGUCCAGGCUCUAAGGUUGAUGACAUCACCAGCCUGACAUGGAAAUAUGGACCUGACACUGUUGUGGAUUUGUUUCAAGGCAAAUCUAAAUUCUACCACACCUUCAAAGGUCACUAUAAACUGGACACCACAACUGGAGAGUUGACCAUCUUUAACCUGACACUAGAGGACAGUGGGAUCUACAUAGCAGAGAUCAACGAUAAAGUCCUGGACCCAACUGAACUGAAGGUUUUCUCACCUGUUCCUAAACCAACUGUCUCCAUGAGCUGUGACGAUGAAAAGACCCACUGUGUUCUGACCUGUGAAGGCAACACUACAGAUGUUGGACCAGUCACCUACACCUGGUGGUCAGAUAAUAAGAUUAUACAUGAAACCAAGGAGCUGAUCAUAACAAAGGAGGAAAAGGAACCUUCAUUCACCUGUGAGGUGAAUAAUUCAGUCAGCUCUAAAAGAAGCAAAAAAUUCAUCAACCCCUUCAUCACCAACAGUGAGUUUGACAUCAAUAAAUAUCUACACAGCGGAAUCGGAGUUGCUGUUUGUUGUGCUGUUUGUGUUGGUCUCUGCUACAAACACAAACGCAAAGGAGGACAUGUCCAAGAAUCAUCCAAUCAAGAACAAACAUCCUUAGGGCAAACAUCCUCUGUCCACCUGGAGAAUGAAACGGAGACAGUGAAUGACUCACUGCUUGGUGGAAAAUUUAAACUGACGCAGAAGACUCUGCUACCAUACACAGGAACGCAAUCACCCACUUUUUGAGGGCACCCCCAAGGCAACAUCCAUCACAGGUCAGAUGAUGAAUCAAAUCAAAUCAAACUUCAUGUAUACAGCACUUUUUAAUGCAAGCAGGCAUUGAUGGGUAUCUCGAUGUGGAUCUCCACAAAGGCUGCAGGCCCGAUUCAAUUGAUGCCUUAUUAUCGCUCGAUAAAGGCUACAGGUCGGCAUUGAUAGAUUCCUGCAUGUGGAUCUCCACAAAGGCUGCAGGCCGGCAUUGAUGGAUGUUGACCUUCAAAAAUGAAAUAACAAUAAUAAUAAAUAAAUGUAUUACUAAUUUAUGUGUAUUGUGUAUAAUUAAUUAUUUAUUUAAUACCAUACAUUAUAUCAAAUAUUUAUUAUUUUAAUAGCUUUAAUUAUAUUAUUUAUAUGACUAUAUUUUAUAUUACUACUACUACAAAAAUACAUUCUAAUUAUCCGUUGAGAUGCAAUAUGUUUCUGAUGGCGUAGAGGGAAGUAGUUAACUCCAGCUCCACCCCAGCUUCUAGCAAACGCAUACACGCAACAGGAAAAGGAAGACACGUCCAUAAAAGGCAAGGGAAAACAAGGAAAAAAACACUAGGAUCCAUACAGUUUCUAGCAUGAGCAAAGUCUAAGGCGUACCAUGAAAUUAUGUAAGAGGUUUUUGAAGAUCUGUUGAAAACUCUGACUCUGUUAACCCUGAAAUGAGUGCAACUCUGGGUUUUCCGUUUCACAACGGGAGGUUAUUCAUCCCAUAGAGAGCGGGCUAACUCCAGCCUGUUUCAGAAACAGAGGUCAUUUAAACUUAGAGUUGGUUACCAUGGUAACUGAGUCUGUGAACCUAACCUGGUCACCAGCAGGUUUUAUUCAGUGAACCUGGAGUUUCUCUCUGGCUCCGCCACUGACAGAGUUUGAGUUCCUCAGUUCAUUCAUAAAGUGAGUUACGAGUGAGGGUGGUGGGUCUGGCUUUAAAAUCUCUCUUGGAAAUCUUUGUCUUUCCCUGGCCACAAACCAGUGAGAGUCAAGGUUCUUUAUUGCACAUACAAAUUUUAUGACAAUCAAUUUGUCAUAAAAAUAGUGUAAUAAAAUCAAAUUUGAUGUGCAAUAAAAAUGCAGCAAAUGCAGUGCAUAAAGCAGAAGAUGGCGGUAGGUACGUCAGGAGUUCCAAUGGAUUGCAGGUAAAAGAUGUAGAAAUGUUUAAAUUAAUUAUUAUACUCUCAUUGUGUGUUGGCUGAUUAUGCUCCGUUGAUGUUGGCUUUUUAUAGUCGUGGGGUAAGUGUGGAACUAAGAGUGAAGAAAGUCAAAUUUGAUUAAGUUAACACAAAUCAGCUGUUCUGAAACCAAACACUGGUGAGAAAAAUAUCUUUAACUAUGUGAAUAUUGGACAGUGUAACAGAUGCGUUGAGGUCCUGCUGAAUAUUUUGACUAAUUUAAAUGUUUUAUGUGAUAAAACUCUUCUCUCUGACACCAAGCUCUUAUGGACCUGGUAGUAAUGUAAUUUUGUGCUGCUCCUGUAUAUCAUGUUAACUACUGUGUCUCCCUCUCCUCCUCCAUGUUCUUGCAAGUGUCUCUCACCUGGAGUUGUGUGUCUUUGUCCUCUGGAGCUCCAUAAACUACAACUAUCUGUAGUCGUGGUCUCAUCAACGUGUCCAGUCUUCAUGUCCUCCUCAAGUUGUCCACUCCUACCUAGAUAAACAAUUCUCCAACCUGCCUAUGAUUCUUCGUCUGCUUUCAAACUGUCAGCAACAUCUAUUAGAUCCUACAUGUUUCCUUCAGUCCGUUGUACGUAUCUAUGACAGAAGUUUGUUUAUCUUCUCUCUAUCGUCUCUGUUUCUACCCGGCUGGCCUUCGGCAGAUGGGUCCCUCCAUAUGAGCUUGGUUCUGCUCAAGGUUUCUUCCUGUUAAAGGGAGUUUUUCCUUGCCACCGUCGCCCUCAGGCUUGCUCUGGAGGUUUCAGGCUGGUUUUCAGGCAUCUUGAGAAGAUUUACAUUGUUAUGGACACCGUGAAAUGAAAGUGUUUUUUAUUUAUUUUUUAUGUGCAGCUAAGCAAUUUUCCCACUACCUCAUGUGUUCAUACACCUCAUAUUAAAUCAAAUGCCACUGUGUCUGAGCCAGAAAAACAAACUGUGAAAUUUUUCAUUUAGUGAAAUAUCUGAUUUAGUGUUUUAGCAACGACGCACACGAAGGAGAGAAGGAUGUCAAUGUGUCAGUGAUGACAACUGUUAGGUUUAGUAAUUCAGUUUAAUGUUACAUUUCUUCUUCUGCAGCUCAUUCCUACCUCCACAGUGACUUUUGAUAGUUCAGAAUCUUUUUAUGAUAUUUACAGACUGUAUCAAGUGUUAGUGAAGGAUCUUCCUUCAUUCUGCUGUGAUCCUCUACAAACACAUAUGUAUUAACUCCUGUAGUAUUUAUUUGAUUGUGUUUACUGUCCUCAAACUGUGUGCUGCUGUUACACUGACAAAUAAAACAGUAUGGGCUGAAGAACCAACCAAAGGAAAA